ACAGAAGCAAAUAGAGAUGGAAGAUGAAGAACGAGAAGAAGAGAGACAGAGAGAGAUGGGAGAGAAAAGAAAGACGACAACAACAAGAGGAGAGAAAGAUCAUGUUUGAGAGAGAUCAAGAAGAAGAAAAUAUAUGGAAACAGAAGCAAAUUGACAUGGAGAAGGAGGGAAGAGAGAGGGAGAACAAGAGACAGAGAGAGAUAGAAGAGAUACACAGACGACAACAACAAGAGGAGAGACAGAAACAAAAGGAGAAGGAGAAAGAAAGGGAGAAAGACAAUGACAAUCAGAGAGAGAUGGAAUUAAGAGAUCAGCAACAGAAAGAGAUGGAGAAAGACAAGAUGAUUAUGAGAGAAAGGGAGGAAGCAGGAAGAAGAAAGGAGGGGCAGAAAAAUAUUUUAGGGGAAAUUGAGGGACAGACUGAACUGGAGAUAGAACAGGAGAGAGAGAUGGAAGAAAAGCAGGAAGUGAUUAAGGAAGCAGAGGAAGAGUACAGGGAAAGAGAAGAGAGAGGAAAGGAAGUAAGCAUGAAGAAACAUGUAGUAGUUAAUGUUAAAGCAAAAGCACGGGAAGUCUUCAAUAGGCGUAAAGAGAGGAGGUUAGAAGUGUUGAAGGGGGAACGUGAACACAUAGAAAGAGGACAACAAAUCAGGAGGGAGAAGGAGGAAAGACGGCUGGAGAUGGAAAGAAAACAGGAGAGGGCAAGACAACAAGAGGAGCAGGAUAGAAAACGAGAGAUUGAAAUCGCUAGACAGAAAGAAAUGUUGAGACUAAGAGAGGAGGAGAGGCAGAGAGAGGAUGAGAGAGAGGAGGAGAGAAAGAAAGCCAUUAAAUGCCAUUUAUCUUUAAUUAGAGAGAGACAAAAAAUAAUACAGGCACAAAAAAGAGAGGAGAUGGUGGAAGAGGAAAGAAGGGAGAUCCUUGAGUACAAGAGGGGUGACUUAGAGGAGGAGGAGAAGGAAGAUGACAAGGAGGACAUUCUCCCACCUGAUAAAAGUAUCAGAAGGAGAGCCGUGGGCUGGGUAAACAAGAAGUGGGAGAAGAGGAACCUCAAAAAGAUCGAGAGAACCUGUCAGAGAGAAGCUGAGGAGGGCGAUAAGAUCGUCCACAUAGUCAUCCCUGGACCCAUAAGGCUAACCAUGACCCGGGCAGAGAGAGAGAGGGAGAAGAGGAAGGAGCUGCUGAAGGCUGAGGAGAGAAGGAAGAAGAUGGAGGAUUUCAAUAAGCAGUGGAGAGAGAGGUCCCUGCUUAAAAAACACACUCAUCAACAACUGAAGGAGGAGAGGGAGAAGAUGAAGGAAAACUACCUGGAUCAGAUGAAUCUGGAGGCUGAUGAGCAAAUCCAGAAGUUCAGCACCCAGUACAUCACCCGGUGUCCAACCACCCAACACAGCCACGACUUCAACCAAGGUCAGGAAUUGCCGGGGUGGGCGACAGGCCAACAAGUAAGCCAAGAGCCUGUUGCAUCUGGAGAUGGCCAGCAGGAGGGGCCAAGGAGGCAACAGGCAUGGGCAGAGAACCAGGAGGGGAGUUCAGAGAACCAGCAGGAGGGGCCAGAGAACCAUCAGGGGGGGCCAGACAGCCAGCAGCUAGAAGCUCCAGAAGAGGCUGACACAUCAGAGCCAAUCUCCAACACAAAGACAAAGAAAAAGCCAAGCAUCUGGAAGAAAAUUAGGAUGAGCCUUCCUGAUGUGCUGUCUGCCUAGAGCUGGAACUCAAUGCAGCCACAGUUCCACUGAGGUUACGUUGGUAAUUAAAAGUGUCGCCCAAUAAUUCUUCCUCCUCUUUAAGUCAUCGAGCCACAUUUCCUCCUCAAAACAUUAUAGUCUCCUCAAGCCAGCAAGUAUCCUCUUUAUCAGGCAACAAACCAUCGAAGGUCAGUGACCCUCCUCCCAAGAACAGAGACUCUCAUCUGUAUCCUAGUUAAAUUCAUCUCUGCUUACCACCUCUUCAGUCCUAGAAAAUAUCCCAAAAAUGGAAAUGGUUUCAACAGAAGUCCUCCCCUCAGACCAGUGGCUCCACAGACCAGAGUUUCUCAUCUUUAUUCAAGUUGAAUGCAACUCUGAUCAUUUCCACCACCUCUCCUGUUAAGGGGAGGUGCUGAAAAGGAGGUCUGGGAGGAGGUCUGCAGGUAGCCUGGACCGGACCGGUAGCAGCUAAGUUGCUGGCUCCAUCCCCGGGCAGAGCUGCUCAAGUCAGGCCAGUGAUGUUUGAUGAUGUCAUUUUUGUUAGCAAAGUUUUAUUCUUUAAUA